GUUGAACGUUUUCUUGACUUGAAUUUUAUAGAUCACGUAAAAUGUUAUCCAGGAACUUUCUGAAGUAAUAUUAGGCUACAUGAGACGUUUAUUUGUUUGAACUUAAUUCCGUUUUGAUAUUGAAAUAGAUGUUUGAUUGCUCUGGUCUAGGGACGCAUCAUUUACAGCAUUGGGAAUCGAAUUUUCUCUCCACAACUCCUUAGUCAUGAUCUCUACACUACAACAAAGUAGUCUAACUGUACUGUAGCCUACAACAUUUCAUUCCAUACAAAGAAACAAUAGCUUCCACAAUGGAUCGGGACAAAGCUAGCCGAUUCCCCUCUACCCUCCCGGAGUCCCCAGGUCAAACGUCUCCCAGUACCGCUUUACUGCUGGGUCUGGUCGACUGCAGGAAAACACCGGGGCAGAGUGGAACUGAGAGAGGAGGAGAAGAAGAGAAGGAAGAUGGAGAUUUGAUUUCAUUAAGUAAGAACCAUGAGGACAUCCCUAAUUGUUGCUCUCUCAGUGAGAGGGGCUUAUCAUCUGGGGAGCCUCAACAACAUCAUGAUGCUGACAAGAAAGAGAAGAGUCUCUCCAGAUCAGAACACCUCAAGAAACACCAGCAUAGAAGUAUAGGGAAGGAAUCUCACCACAGCUGCUCUGACUAUGGGAAGAGUUUUGCUAAACAGAAGGAUUUGAUAAUUCCGGAACGGAUUCACACGGGAGAGAAACCAUACCACUGCUCUCAGUUUGGGAAGAGUUUUGCUGCAUCUAAAACCUUAAAAUCUCAUCAGAGAAUUCAUACAGGGGAGAGGCCUUACCCUUGCUUUGAUUGUGGGAAAUGCUUCAAUCAAUUAGGAGACCUGACUACUCACCAGCGCGUACACAAAGGAGAGAAAUCUUAUAGCUGUGAUCAGUGUGGGAAGAGCUUCAAUAAAUCAGGAGCCCUGAUGAGACACCAACGCAUACACACAGGAGAGAAGCCUUAUAGCUGUGAUCAGUGUGGGAAGAGGUUCAAUCAAUUAGUACAUCUGACCACACACCAACACAUACACACAGGAGAGAAGCCUUAUAGCUGUGAUCAAUGUGGGAAAAGCUUCAGUAAUUCAGGAGCCAUGACUAGACACCAACGCAUUCACACAGGAGAGAAGCCUUAUAGCUGUGAUCAGUGUGGGAAGAGUUUUGCUCAAGAUUUCUCCCUGACUACACACCAGCGAGUACACAGAGGAGUGAAGCCUUAUAGCUGUGAUCAGUGUGGGAAGAAUUUCUGGACGUCAGGACACCUGACUACACACCAGCGAAUACACACAGGAGAGAAGCCUUAUAGCUGUGAUCAGUGUGGGAAGAAUUUCUAUACGUCUGGACACCUAACUACACACCAACGCAUACACACAGGAGAGAAGCCUUAUAGCUGUGAUCAGUGUGGGAAGAGCUUCAAUCAUUCAGGAUCCCUGAUUAUACACCAACGCAUACACACAGGAGAGAAGCCUUAUAGCUGUGAUCAGUGUGGGAAGAGCUUCAAUCAUUCAGGAGCCCUAACCACACACCAACGCAUACACACUGGAGAGAAGCCUUACAGCUGUGAUCAGUGUGGGAAGAGCUUCAAUUAUUCAGGAAACUUGACUGCACACCAACGCAUACACACAGGAGAGAAGCCUUAUAGCUGUGAUCAGUGUGGGAAGAGCUUCAGUCGAUCAGGAGACCUGAUUACACACCAACGCAUACACACAGGAGAGAAGCCUUAUAGUUGUGAUCAGUGUGGGAAGAGCUUCAAUCGAUCAGGACCCCUGACUAUACACCAACGCAUACACACAGGAGAGAAGCCUUAUAGCUGUUAUCAGUGUGGAAAGAGUUUUGUUCGAGAUUCCAAUCUGAUUGCACACCAACGCAUACACACAGGAGAGAAGCCUUAUAGCUGUGAUCAGUGUGGGAAGAGCUUCAAUCAAUCAUUAGAACUGACUAGACACCAACGCAUACACACAGGAGAGAAACCUUAUAGCUGUGAGCAUUGUGGGAAGAGCUUCAAUCAAUCAGGAAACCUGUCUAAACACCAACGCAUACACACAGGAGAGAAGCCAUAUAGCUGUGAUCAGUGUGGGAAGAGUUUUGCUCUAGAUUUCACCCUGACUACACACCAGCGAAUACACACUGGAGAGAAACCUUACUCCUGUCUAUGUGGAAAGAGCUUUGCUCAUUCAGGGUCACUGAAAAAACACAAGGAAGCACAAACAUGUUUUCUUUUAUCUCCCUCCUCUCCAGCACCGGUUCCAGAUCCCUAAAUAAAGGUUCAAUAGAAAAUAUAUUGUAAACAGUCAUCCAUCUCCCAUUCUCUAACAGUUUACUAAGUCUGAUUACCAUGGUAACCUGUGUAGCAUAUUAUGCAGCUCUGGAUCCAUAUGUAUCAAGUGUCUUGGAGUAGGAGUGCUGUGUGUGUGGGGUGGGGGGGGGGGGGUAUUCAGAGCUGUAUCUUAUUUCAUUAACUCCUAUUAACCAUUAAAUAAUGUAGAAUAAUGUUUCAACAAUAGGAGGUUCAUAUUCAUGUGUGAGGGAAAUGUUGUCUGAGGAGAGAGCCUUGAAUUGUACAUCUUACCUCAUACAGUCAUUGGGUCCUGUAGGUGCUGGGUAGAGAUGAGGGGGAGACGGUCAUUACCCCCUCAGACCUUUUGUCAGAAGGCCCAGAAUAUGUUCUAUAAGUUAAGAGAGGAGAUGGUGCCAGUCACAUGCAGGAACCAAAUGUUAAUGAUUAAUUAAUUAUGAAUAAUGUAAAUCAUGCAAAUAUAACUUGUCUGUGUAAGCAGUAUAUAAGAGAACUUAACAGGACUGCCCCGAAAGAGCUCCUGACCGACGUGUACUAUGGUGCAUUAAGUUUGUUGGAACCUCUCCAGCUUGCUGAUAAUAAAUAAUUAUUCAUUUAA